GCCAGCCGCGCGUCGCGUCACACUCGACUCCCGUUUACGAAACAUCAAUGAGAAUAACCGAAACUGUGACAUUCUGUGCUCUGGAUACCGUUCAGUGAUUGUGCAUUUGAUGAAAGGGAAAUUGUUUUGAAGUGCGAAUAAAAUUAAAAUCGCCGGGAUUAUAGUGAGCAAACAGCCUCCCACCGCGUCGCGUUACUAUCUGGAGCUAAAACCGGAAAUAUGAUAAAAUCCUGGAAGACCGACGAACGAUGAUACGAGCAAACUUUAAGACGAGUAGAAUUUGACAUGACGAAAUCGAACUUUGAGAUGGCGACCGAUAGGUGCAGUGAAAGAGAGAGGACAAGGUGUUGUGUAGUGAUGAGAGUGUUGAAAGUGCUGUGUAGGACAAGAGCCCAAGUGUUGGUGUUACUGUUAGUGACGUGUGUGGCGGCGGCUCCUGUCAGAUCCAGGGAGGAGAGGGACACGCAUAGCGAGAAAGCCGUGAGGUCAUACCUGGAGACGUUUGGGUACCUGAAGAAGGGUAACCCGGAGGUGGGCAACCUGCUGAUGGGCGACGUGGCGCACUCAUACGAGGACGACUUCAGGAUCGCCAUCAAGACGCUGCAGGAGUUCGGCGGUAUACCGGUGACGGGGGUGGUGGACCAUGAGACCAAGCAGCUGCUCCGGCGGAAGAGAUGCGGCAUCCCCGACCGGGAGCCCGGCGAAAGACGACGGAAGAGGUUCGCCGUACACGUGGGGGGCAAGUGGAAACACACCAACAUCACGUGGAGCCUGUCGCUGAGCCGGCGGCCGUCGCAGCUGGACCCGCACCGCACGCGAGAGGUGCUGGCGCGCGCGCUCGAUGUGUGGCAGCAAGCCUCGCGGCUCACCUUCACAGAGAUCAACUCCGAUGACGCUGACAUCGUCGUCUCCUUCGCCAAGCGUUAUCACAACGAUGCAUAUCCCUUCGACGGUCGGGGUUCGAUCCUGGCGCACGCGUUCUACCCCGGCAGCGGGCAGGGCGGCGACGCGCAUUUCGACGAUGAUGAGUUGUGGCUACUGUCGCCGAAUAGCUAUGAUGAAGAAGAGGGGACGUCGUUGCUCGCGGUCGCCGCUCACGAGUUCGGCCAUGCGCUGGGCCUGGCCCACAGCUCGGUCAAAGGCGCUCUGAUGUUCCCGUGGUACCAAGGCAUCCAACCAAACUUCGUUUUGCCGGACGACGACAGAAAUGGGAUUCAACAGAUGUAUGGUUCAAAAGUUCAAAGAACUUGGGGUAAGAUUCCAUACUACAGAACAACGGAGACGACUCCACCAACAACAACCACGACCACGACGACAACAACAACGCGGCGACCACACGUCUACUACCCCGAGAGGCCGGACCACCGCAACACGCACACUCCCAGCAGAUAUCCCAGCUACCCCAGCGACAGGCAUCGCCCCUACAUCCCCGACCGCCGGUACAACUACAACAGAACCCAUCACAACCCUCGACACGAAGCCACGACGUCCACGUACCGACCUCACUAUCCACACCAUAGACAGGACUAUCCCUCGCAUCCUCGACAGAACCAUCCUACUAGUGAAGGGGACAAGUACCCGAAAAGGACCAACUACCCGGUCAGGCCGACAACCGCACGGUCCGUCCCGUCCGACAAGCCGGACACCUGCGACACCACAUACGAUGCCGUGUCCGUUAUCAGGGGAGAACUGUUCAUAUUUAAAAACAGAUAUCACUGGAGGAUAGGCUCCAAGGGUCUAUACCCUGGGUACCCCACGGAGAUAUCGAGGAUGUGGUCGGGUCUCCCCAGCAAUUUAACUCACGUGGAUGCCGUAUACGAGAGACCAGACAGAAAAAUUGCCUUCUUUGUUGGAAAGGAGCUAUAUUUGUUCGACUCGCAAUAUCUCAUGCCUGGGUACCCGAUAAGGCUAUCUCGUCUCGGCUUGCCUGACAACCUGGAGAAGCUAGACGCUGCCAUGGUCUGGGGGUACAACGGGAAGACAUACUUCUACAGCGGCACUAUGUACUGGAAGUUUGAUGAGGAGACGGGAAUGGUAGAGCUGGACUACCCUCGCGAUAUGGCCAUGUGGAAAGGUGUUGGAUAUAACAUCGACAGCGUCUUCCAGUGGAAAGAUGGGAAAACCUACUUCUUCAAGGGCAAGGGUUUUUGGAAGUUUAACGAUAUAUUGAUGCGGGUAGAAGAGGAGAGACAGCACCCGUCGGCGCCAUUUUGGAUGAACUGUCCGGUGGAGCGCGCGGGUAGACGAGCGCCGUAUCGCGCGCCCAUGAACGAGCCCGAAGCCCCGGGCUCCACCCUCCGCUCCCCCAGCAAAGGGACGAGCAUCCACGACUUUAGACUGUACUUCACUACCAUUGCAUUAAUUUUCAUUCGAUACGCGCAUGUCGACUUGUAAAUUACCAUAAAGGCUGUAAACAAUUUUAAAAUCGCUCAGCGGAACUGAAAAUAGCAAUAAGCCCCUGUCAAUUACCAAUAGCGUCCAGUAGCUUCAGAUAUCGAGUCACCGUCUGAUCACAAUCUACCACUAACGCCGCAUCCGAUCAAGCUGGUCUACCAACAGCGUGCCGCGAGCGCGUCCACCCGCCCCGCUCACUCCUCGCCCCACCAAAGAGAUCUAAAAAUCGAACACAGCGACUCCAUUUCUUUCUGAGCGGCUUUAAAUUCAAACGCGGCUUAUACUUGUAGAUCAAAAUUUUAUACCUGUAGGUAUCUUAGGAAGAAUGUAUGAAAAUCGAAUACAUAUCGUAACUUUUGUAUUACUCCUAGACUAAGUAAACUCAAUUGCGCAAAAAGCACUGCCGGAUUAGUAAGUAAAUUAUUGUCUUAGCGUAGUACGUGAGUCCUAUUGGGGCAAUCUGAAUCUUGUGUGUACAUUUUGAUCUCAGUACGAUCGAGCUCUCGUUUAUUUUUAAGUACGUAAGGUACAUAACACCAUUUAUUUAGCUUCUGUACAGAUUGGUCUGUUGAUGUUGCUUGUUGGCCAGUGAGCCCAAAUGUAACCGCGUAAUUUAUUUAGGUUUUAAACGUACUAAUUGUAAGGUACCGGUUUUUUCAGUAUCGCACGCACACUGCAGUAUGAAUAUAAUAUAAUCCUAUCGUCAUGGGCGUA